AUGUCCAAGAUUUCCUUUCUACUCCUCGGUGCCUUCCUGCCUUGCCGGAAGUUGCCUGACCGCCGUAAGCGCCUUAGUACGUCCCAAUGCCUUUCACCCAGUGAGGCUGCGGGGGCGAGUGACUACCGACUGGCAUCUGCUGCCGAUGGUGAUGCUGAAUGGAUUAAGGGUGAGUGUGGAGCUCCAAUGGACGCCGUCAGGCCCGACAUCCUCCACCAAACUCUCAUGCAAAUACUGGACUCUGAGGCCAACAAGUUUGGGUAUGUUGAUGACAUAGUUAUAGUCUUGGAUGGUCAUCCCUCUGUUGGGGGCCUCCGCAUCACCAGCGACUUUGUCGUUCCGCGCACCUACGGCAGCUUCAGCCGGUGUUUGGCAGCCGCUAUCAUGAUGCCAUACCGAAUUGGAGGCAUAUCUCGAGUCGAUUACGGUGUAGAGGAUCUCAGAAUGCCUGGGGACUUCGUAAUCGGCCUCACUGUGGGCGGCCGCUACUUGAACAGCACGGACCUAUCCGGUACGUUGAAGGGCUUCAUGUCGAGCCCCUACAACCAUGGAAGGAUAGUCAUCGCGAUGGGUGUGACCUCCCAUACGGACCCAGUGGCUAAUGGUGCCCUCUCCCAUGUGAUGGGGGGUAUGGAGUUCAUCUCAGUGUCACGGUUGGGCCUAACAGCCUCUUGGGCUGCCGGUAAAGUGUGUGAGGCAGUAGUCCUAUAA